GUUUAACGUCAUCAAAUGUUGUGAAUGUGACGUUUUGUGUAUGUGCUUUUCGAAAUGGCUUCGACUCAUGAACUAAAAGAUGUCAUAAAAGAAACUCUAGAAAAUCGUGGUUCACUUGGACAGAUAAAGGCGAGGAUCCGUGCUGAAGUGUUCAGUGCCCUAGAUGACCAGAGUGAGGUGAAACCACCUCUAAGCAACGAAAAUAUGAUAAUCAAUGAACUCAUCCGAGAGUACCUGGACUUCAAUAAAUAUAAAUAUUCAUCAUCAGUUUUGGUUGCAGAAUCUGGACAGCCCAAAUCACCAUUAGACCGAGACUUUCUUACCAAAGAAUUAAACAUAAAGGAAGAUUACAGAUCAAAGUCUGUUCCUCUGUUGUACAGCAUUAUUUCUAACCACCUGAGAGAGAACCGCCCCUCCUCCCCGUCCCGACAGCGCCCCCACGGAGCCUUCCUCCAACAGCUGGAGAGUGAACUAGAUAAUGAACAAGAACCCUUUGUUGUAAUGGGUGGCAAGAGGUGAUGCUGAUCAUUGUGUGAUGUUCAAACUUCAUGCAUACUGACUGUUAAGUCUAUUGGUUGUCAGUAGAUGGAUUGUCAAGGAUAUUGGAUACAGCAUGAUUACAUUGAAUGAGAUGGUGUGAGUGAUGCUAGAAUCAACUUCCUUCUGUGUGUUGGACAAAGUGAGCGUUCAGUUUAUCCCACAAUCAUAGCUUAGAGUUGGGAUGUACCGUAUUUUAACAUGUGUAUUUCCUUGUUGAUUAUGAUAGAUUUGUGAGAGAUAUUUUAAAUGAAUCUUUUGUACAGUGAUUGACGUAACAUAUCUUGUCGGGAGAUGUGAUGACUGUGUAAAUGACUCCUGGGAAUACUAGAGCUUGUCAUAAACUUGUGUAAUUUAUUAAAACUGUGAAUAUAGUAGCAGACUGUAUUUAUGUCUAUGUUUAUCUAUAAGAUUCAGAAUGCAAAGAUUCUGUGAUACAGUGGUACCCGCCUGUGUAAUUACAAAGCUAUUGUAAAUAUAUAUGGAAUUUACAUAAGCUGUGAAAUUGGCCGUAAAAGUAUGAAUAAAAAUGAGCUGCAUUUA